AUGCUUGUAGUCUGGUUCCCCUCAACUGACAAUGAACAGGUUUUGAUUGUGGGAGCCGGUCCAGCAGGCCUGCUGCUCUCUAUACUUCUGGCGCAAAGUCAUAUUCAUUCAACUGUAUUGGAAUCAUGGGAUCGUGUAGAUGAGAGAUUGCGCGCGACACAAUACGGCGUACCUGCGACGAGGGUAUUUCGACGAGCAGGUAUCCUUGAUGAUAUUCGGUCAGAAAGCAUCGCCAACUUUCCCUACAUCUGUUGGCGUAGUGUCCAGACCGGCGAGCUUCUCACCGGAAUAGACCUGUCCGUUGUCGAACUAGAUACAGAUCGGAUGACAAUACUGCCACUAAAUCAAAUCUUGCAGAUCAUGUUACGACACUGCCGAGAAAAAUAUUCCGACUACAUUACGUUGCUCUUCAACCACAAGGUCAUUGACAUCAAACAAGCCUCAAACUCAGCAACAGCCGUAGUCGAGGUUGGCGGCGAAAGCGAAUUCAAACGCACCGUGACGCUUGAGGCACCCUACAUUGUUGGGUGCGAUGGUGGACAGAGCACUGUACGAAAAACACUUUUCCACAGGGACUGGCCGGGUGAGACGUUUGACAGUCGCUUGCUGGUUCAAAAUGUAUACUAUCAGGGAUUCGCAGACCAUGGGUGGGAGGGCGGCAAUUACAUGAUAGAUGAUGAGUUCUGGGGUCUCAUUGCAAAACGAGGCAAAGCCAAGGGCCCAGAGGGGGAACUCUGGCGAGUUACAUAUGGUGAUUCCGCAGCCAACCUAUCUGAAGAAGAACAUUUGAAACGCCGAGAUCUCGCGUUCAAGAAGAUGCUUCCGGGACAUCCAGAUCCAAGCCAAUACAAGGUGACGCAGACGGAUCAGUUCCGCAUUCACAAUCGGUGCGUCGAGAAGAUGCGCGUGGGCCGUAUUUUCCUCGCCGGCGAUGCUGCCCAUGUCUGCAAUCCCUUUGGCGGAUAUGGUUGUAUGGCUGCCGUCCUUGACGUGGCGGGCCUUGCAGAAUGCCUCAUCGGAUACUAUGAAGGUAGAGCCGACGAGGAUAUUCUUGACGCUUAUGCAGAAAUUCGACGAGAGAAGUUCCUGAAGCUUAUCGACAGCCGAUCGAGGAAAAACUUGAAUCGUAUUUCCAAGACAAACGCAGUCACUGCUCUUGAGACGGACCCAUUCCUAGCAUUGCUCAAAGGCAUGGAAGGUAACGCUGACGAGACGAGAAAAUUUCUACUGAAAAUCAGUAGCAUCGAGUUUGACUUUACCACAUUGUACAAGAGCCCCGUCUCAGCAAGAGUGGACCUGUAA